AGCCAAAGUCCAGCCAACAUAGCCAACUACAGACUUAUUCAGAGGAAAUUUGGCCAGUGACGUGCGCGACGUUUUUUUUGAGGAAGUCAGAGCGCGCGUCUGGACAGUACUGAUGUAUAACUGGAGCUGUGAAUAGUGGACGAUAUAGAAAACAGUAAAUGCGAUAGAGACUCACAGUCCGACUAAAAGCACGGCCAUACUGGACAGGCAUGGCUCGGAUCUCUGUGUGGAGAAGAACAGUCGCUUGUUUUGUGAUGUUACUUCGACUCACUCAACUAAAAGCUGAGGGUGGCAAUGAGACUGAUGUGGAGUAUGAAGGUUACGAUGGAUGGUAUAACAAUCUUAUCAACCCAGACUGGGGAGCCAUUGAUGGUCAUUUAUUACGUCGUCUUCCUGUGGCUUAUGAAGACAGUGUGUAUGAACCCAGUGGACAUGACCGACCUAACCCUAUUGAAAUCAGUGACACCUUUAUGAGGGGCAGAAUUGGCCUUAGCUCCUACAGAAAUAGGACCUCAUUGCUUGUGUUCUUCGGUCAGCAGGUAGUGGAGGAGAUUCUGGACGCCCAAAGGCCUGGGUGUCCGCCCGAGUAUUUCAACAUCAAGAUCCCAAAAGGUCACCAACAGUACGACAAGGAGGCACGGGGAGGGUAUGAGAUCCCUCUGCUCAGGUCACGCUAUGACCAGAAUACAGGCUACUCCCCAAAUAACCCAAGACAACAGCUGAAUGAGAUUACACCGUUCAUCGAUGGAGGACUUGUGUACGGAGUAGCCAAGGCCUGGACAGACACCCUGCGUGCAUUUGAAGAUGGGUUGCUUGCUGCAGACCAGAACAAGCACAGAGAACCCACUGUCAGUAACACUUUCCCUAUUGUGAACACUAUUCGCCUGCCCAUGGCAAACCCCCCAACCCCGUACUUUCAUGAGCUGAGGAAGGUCAGCAGACAUUUCAGAUUGGGUAACCCCCGAGGCAAUGAGAACCCGUUCCUGUUGACCUGGGGAAUUGUCUGGUUCCGAUAUCACAACUGGUGGGCAAAGAAACUAAAGUCUGAGCACAAGGACUGGGGAGAUGAAAAGUUGUUUAAUGAGGCCAGGAAAUGGGUGAUUGGGGUCUAUCAGAAACUGGUUGCUUAUGACUGGUUGCCAGCCUGGAUUCAGCGAAACGAGGAAGAUCCCGAUCUUUGUGAAGACACGACAGACUUUGUUCCCCCUUCAGCUAACUCGUCUACCAAAAAUGGCACAAGGAACUAUGGACCACUAGGAGAGUACCCUGGUUAUGAUCCUUAUAUCCACCCUGGGAUAUCACAAGAGUUUCAGUCAGCAGCGAUGAGGUUCGGCCAUACCCUUGUGCCUCCAGGGGUUUUGAGAAGAGACAAAAAGUGUGAUUUUCGGAUGACUGGUAUACAGUCUAAAUUGGGACCUGGAAACGAUCAGCCUCACAAAGGCUUGAGAACCUGCAACACGUACUGGUUAGCAAGGGAGACUUACAUGGAGCUGAAUACCGACAUAGACGAGAUGCUGAUGGGAAUGGCUUCCCAGGUGACUGAGAGGGAAGACAAUAUCAUUACACCAGACUUAAGAGGGUUUGUGUUUGGAGGGCUGGAGUUUUCUCGACGCGAUCUAAUGGCUGUGAACAUACAGAGAGGCCGAGAUCAUGGACUGCCAGAUUACAACACGGCUAGAGAAUAUUACGGUCUGAAGAGAAUAUCCAAAUGGGAAGAUAUCAACCCAUAUUACAAAGAUAAUACCACUGACGAGGCAGCAGAAUUCCUUGAGAGCCUUGAGAGACUGAAGGAUGUGUAUAAAGGUGACCUGAGCAAACUUGACAUUUGGCCUGGGGGACUUGCAGAGACAACCCCUUGUGGACCAGGUGGGCUCUUCUCCAGUAUCAUUCUUGACCAGUUCCGAAGGGUUCGAAAUGGCGACCGCUUCUGGUUUGAAAACUAUAGGCUCAAUGGACUGUUUACAAAGGAAGAUGUCGACACUAUCUGGAAUAUCACACUGAAAGAAAUACUUGUGCAGGUCACUGGAAUCGAGCCGGAAGAUAUUCAAGAUAAUCCAUUCUUUACAGAUGGUGCGCCUUGUCUUCCUGAUUUCCACCUCAAUGCCAGCAAUUUGGAGGAGUGCAAACCACUGAAGAAAUUUGACUACUUUGAGGGCAGUGAAGUGUCGUACGCCCUCUCCUUCCUGUUUCUCGGGCUUGUAGCUGUUGGUGUCAUAGUUUUGAUGCUAAUCCUUGCAAAACGGCGCCAGGCUAAACUAAGAGAUAAAAACAAAUUACAACGAGAAAAGCGCCAGCAGUCAGGUUCAAAUAUGGAAAACGUCUUACAGGCUGUGGAAUGGGUGGGUCCAAAAGAUGGCAGGCGUCCAAUAAAAGUGAAGUUACAUGAACGCAGGAAGGUGAUUGAGAUUGUAAGCGCUGGCAGUGACGAAAAGAAGUUACGAAUGAUUGACUUGAACACUACGAAAAAACUCUACUUUCAUUUGGCCGUCAAAGACAUGCGCUUUCUGGUGAUAAAGGUUCCCAAAGAGUAUGACCUGGCGCUGAAAUUUGAUGCGCCCUCUGAACGUAAUUACUUCAUCGACAAACUGGAAGCCUUCUUGCGCACUUGUGAGGUUUCCAGGGAGCGUGUGGAACUGCCGGAGAAGACAAUUAAGAACAGCACUGUGACUAAACGAGACCGCCAGCAACGACUGGAGAAGUUCUUCAAGGUCAUCUUCGCACAGGCAUUCAGUUUAGAGCAGGAUGUGGAUGAAGUGAGAAGAUUGAACACCGAGGAAGCCAAAGACGUCGUGUCCACGGAAUUGAGUCGUGUAGAGUUUGCCGAGGCUCUCAGUAUGAAACCCAACUCUCUGUUUGUCAACAACCUGUUCCCGUUGCUGGACAAGGACAGGGAUGGUUACGUCAGCUUCAGAGAGUUUCUAGAUCUCAUGGUUGUAUUCUCUAAAGGAAGCCCCAAUGAUAAAGCUCGCAUUUUGUUUGAGAUGUACGACAUAAACCAGAGUGGACGGCUUUCUCAGGCGGAAUUUUCAGACAUGUUGAGGUCUUUACUGGAACUAGCUAACAGUGAUGUAGAUCCUGGACAGUUGAACCAGCUCAUGAGCAGCAUGACCGCUCAGGCAGGACUGGGUGCCAAAGAUAAGCUACAGUUUGAAGACUUUGCCAAGAUCCUUAACGAUGAACACGAUCUGCUGAACUACGCUCGACUAGGCUGGAAAGUGGGUGGACAAGAGCGAGUGCCUGACAACAUUCCUAAUCGUGCCAGACAAACCUUCCAUAAGGCUUACAGUGUUCGCGGCCAUGGUAAUGCAAUCAGUAGAACAAGACCUGCUUCAAAGUUGAAUGUGAGAACCAAGGAAAGGCAGUUGCCUCAGACCAAAAGUCAGAAGUACUGGUACAUCUUGGAACAUUAUGUGGCCAACUACAAGCGACAGAUCUUCUGGCUGUCCCUCUUCACAUUCGUCACUUGUGGUAUCUUCAUUGAAAGAGCAUACUACUACUCGUUUGAACGCGAGCAUGCUGGUCUGCGUCGUAUCGCCGGGUAUGGGGUUACCGUGACACGAGGCGCGGCGAGCGUGAUGAUGUGGACAUACUCUGUCAUGCUGCUCACCAUGUGCAGGAACCUCAUCACCUUUCUCAGAGAGACAUUCUUUCACCGGUUCAUCCCCUUUGACAGCGCCAUUGCCUUCCACAAAUACAUUGCAUUUGUGGCCCUGCUGUUCACGGUCCUUCACUGUGUUGGCCAUGCCAUCAACUUCUACCACAUCUCUACUCAGACUGCCAACGACCUUACAUGCCUAUUCAGGGAUUUCUACCAUGCAACUCAUGAACUCCCCAAGUUCCACUAUUGGCUCUAUGGGACGAUUACUGGUAUGACAGGCGUGCUGCUGACAAUCCAGAUCAUUGUGAUCUACACUUUUGCCACCCAGUACGCCCGCCGUAACCUCUUUCUGGCGUUCUGGACCACCCACAGCACUUACAUCGUCCUUUACAUCUUCAUGGUCAUGCAUGGCUCUGGCCGCCUUGUGCAGCCUCCACUAUUCCAGAACUUCUUCCUCGGUCCCAUCAUUCUCUACACGCUGGACAAGAUGGUCAGCUUCAGCCGUAAGAAAGUGGAAAUCCAGGUCCUUAAGGCAGAACAUCUACCCUCAGAUGUGACCUGUCUGGUAUUCCGGCGCCCUCAGAACUUUGAAUACAAGUCCGGUCAGUGGGUGAGGAUCGCCUCCCUGAAGCUGGGCACUCAUGAGUACCACCCCUUCACGCUGACCUCCUCCCCCCACGAGGAACACCUCAGCCUGCACAUCCGUGCUGUCGGGCCCUGGACCAACAAUCUUCGCAGGGUGUACAACCCAGCCAACAGGACGGCAGAGAACCCGUACCCAAAGCUCUACCUGGACGGACCAUUUGGUGAGGGUCAUCAGGACUGGUACAAGUUCCCCGUGGCGGUCUUGGUGGGUGGAGGAAUCGGAGUCACGCCAUUUGCAUCUAUCCUUAAGGACAUUGUCUUCAAGUCUAAGAUAGGCUUCAAGUUCCCAUGCAGGAAGGUGUACUUCCUGUGGGUGACCAGAACACAGAAGCAGUUUGAGUGGCUGACAGAUAUCAUCCGUGAAGUGGAAGAGACAGAUGAACGUAAGCUCGUGGAUGUACACAUCUUCAUCACACAGUUCUUCCAGAAGUUUGACAUGAGGACAACACUGCUGUAUGUGUGUGAGCGGCAUUUUCAGAAGAUCUCGGGCAAGUCUCUCUUCACAGGCCUGACAUCGGUCACCCACUUUGGACGUCCGAACUUCACCAGUUUCCUGGACUCGCUCCAAGAUGAACACCCUGGGGUGAGUCAGAUCGGUGUAUUUAGCUGUGGACCGCCCCCCAUGACCAAUGACGUCGAGAAGGCAUGCAGUAACCUGAACAAGAUAGAGGGGCCAACGUUCUCUCAUCACUUGAGAACUUCUAAGUUCCAGGUUUCAUCAUGCAGCUGCAAAACAUCUAAAUUCCAUGUCUGUACGUGGAAAAAUUGCCAGAUUCUAUGUUUAUUCCAUUUUGAAUGUCAUUUUAAAACAUGUAAAUGUAAGUACUGCACUUGUAUUUCGCCUGAAGUAAAAAUGCCCUUACAGAGGAGUUUUAAAGCCUAAAAAUGAUAAUUUUGAUGUCAACAUAUAUGUUUUUUACUGAAAAGAAAUGAAUCUUUACAAAGCUUUUGAGUGGCCAUAUAAGGUGGGUGUAAGACAAUCGCGUCACUUGAAAAAAAAGAUAAACUUUAGAUGAAAUACAAGGCAGAAUUUUCACUUUUUUCAUACUAUACCAUGCAGGAUUUCAUAUUAUACCAGUCGCUUGCUCUCUUGGUGGGCGGGCGGGCCAGAUCAUAAAAUCAUAAAACUCGGGUUACGUAUGUUUUCUUUGUGGUGUUUGCACCUGGUUGUACUCUGUUAGUUUUGUUUUGUCUCAUUUUUCCUGGAUUUGACAACUCGUAUAUAUGUACAUAGAGGAGUAUCUUUUUUCUCAAUUUAAUGCUAUUUAUCACAAACCUUUUCAUUUUUAACCAUGGUUUCAUUGUGGGAACAAGAUGUAACCGGAGCUUUGGGAUAGUUUGGGGGUAGGCUUAACGCUGUACUUUAUUAUUUGAAAAAAUGUUUUGUUAUGAUGCACUGGUCAUGAGCACAUGGCAGAGAAAAAAAAAAAAGAGGCUAUGAACGUAAUGGAAUUGAAAGGGAUAAGCAAUUCGUGUCGGUUUGUACCCAGCCUUGGACAGGGUAUUUGUAGGUCUGCAUUACUGGCGAAGUGACAAACAGUUCACAACGCUUCUGUGACCAUUUGCUUAGUCCAUGUUUCCCCAAUAAGGCCUGCAUGCUACCAAAUCUAGUUUAACAGUGCAAGUACCGUUUUGAAGACAAUGAGCAACUUCUUUGUUAGCCCUAUGUUUUGUAAAACUAAUUAGUUUUCAUUGACAAUCAUGCAUAUAUAAUUUGGUGCUGAAGAGAUGUUGUUCUUAAAUGAAUUGGCAUCAACUAUUGGUUUUUCUGGAUCUUAUUAAUAAACUGUCAUGUUGUGCAUAUUUUUUUACCCAUAAACAUUUGUACAAAGUACAAAGCAACUCCAAAAACACGUCUGUCCAUGCAGAAUUGUUUUCAUUCCGAAGAUUGUACUUUAAUUGUUGCUUAUAUUGUGAUGAAAUUAAAUGUAGAGAGAGAAGAAUGCUCACACUUUGAUGAAAACAUUUGAUAUUUUAAUACUACAUACAACUUCGUAUUCAAAUAAUGAGACAUCAUUCAUGUCGGAGAUUUGGCUGUUUUGUCCGACUCUAAAAUUGCUACCAAAAACUCUGAAAGGUACCACAUCUCAGUUAAUGCUUUUGCAUGGUUUGGGGCAUGGUGCUGUAGAGUCAGGACAUUGGAGAAUGAAGCCAGGUGGCAGAACAAGUUAGUACAGUCACAUGGGUUUUCAAGAUUUUCUAUGACAUUACAAUAGAGGUGAAACCAUUUGCAUCUUAAUUCAUUAUUCCUCACAGUGUAAUUUGUCUGAGCUCCUGUAGUGAGGUAUUUGCAUAAAAGAAACUUGAACGAGAUUUUUAUUGUAUUCUGUGCAUAUUUGUAUUUUCUACCAUGAACAUAGUAAAAAUAAACAAUUAUCCAGAUUCCCAAAGUUUGCUCUUUGUUUUCUUC